AUGGCUUCCGGGCACAAUUCAGCAUAUUCCGCGUCCACCCAGCACCGAGCAUUGGGUGACGGACGCUCCUCCCUCAGCCAGGAUGGCGGCUCGGCCGAUGGAAGCUGGCACGAUGGCAUACCACGCACAGGAAGGAAUGGUCGGUCGGAAUCGGGAGGAAGCAGUCUCAUGGGCGGACGGGGAGGGUCAUUGGCGCCUUCGUUUGGAGGCCCAGGUAGCUUCAGCGCAGAGCUCAAGAGCAUGCAUUCUCGCAACGUGACCCCCCGACCGGAUGGCGCGUUUAACAGACGUGCAAGCAGGUCCAUCGGAGAGGAGGAUCUCAUCACAACGGAAGAGCGUCAGGCCUAUCUACGAGAGAGAAUCGCAAGGGAGAUGAAGAUCAAGAGCGGGACCGAGAACAUGCUCGAGGCGUUGCUAGCGAAACCACCGAAACAAACCAAAGAACAGCGACUACGGGUUGAGGGCGAACUGAGUACCUCCAACCGCAAAUUGGUGGAACUACAACAUGAGCUGGAAGAAGAGAUAUUACGUGCGCAGGCGCCGGCAUCGACACCCCCACCCAGCAGCCGACUUUCGAGCCUCUUCCGAGCCAGCCCCAUGCGAUCGCCAUCUCGUAACAAAGACGCCACCAGCUCGUUGAACGGCGAUGAUGAGGAGGGUGGUGAUGACAUGGAGUCACCGACCUAUGUUCUCUCCGAGACACUACAAGCCUUGGAGAUGGAGGGGAUGUCUCCCGAUUUCUACGUUGAACGAGCAAACAACCUGGUCGAACUCUUCAAACGACAUCCGACCUUGAAAUAUGACCUCGCAUGGCCUGUUUUCGGACUACGAGUCCAAGUCAUGCUUCUGAGUGAUAGCAAAGAAGUGGUAGCCGCUGGAUAUCGGCUAACCCGCUAUGCCAUUGCAGACAGAAAAUCCCUACAAACGAUUCGGUCACUGCAUACUGAUGAAUUAGUCAUACUCUCGUUGGUUAAAGAGACCAAAGCAAGCAUUGAGAGGGAGCAGGCACUCAAGUUUGUGCGAGGCUUCCUGGAUGUCAAAGACGGAGUUCGAGAGAUAUCACGCGCUAUAGUUCGCACCAUUGUUGCGGUGGCCGAACAUCACGAAGACCGUCUUCGCAACAUCUCCAUCAUGACAUUGGCUGAGAUUCUGGUCAAAGAUCCAGAGAUGGUUGCAAUUGCGGGUGGGUUUGCUGCGUUGCAUGAUGUCCUCGCAGAGGGGACGUUCGGGGCAUCUGAAAGCUUGAUCUCCAGCUUCUUACAUGUCGUGGAUACCCCGCGCAGUCGAAAAUUCCUCCAAGGAUCAGAACUAGAAGCGGUUCUUACACCCUUUACUGACUCAUUGUCUGACUCGUUGCGCAGCGGACGGUUGAAGUCUGCAGCGCGGGCGAUCUCCGCAAUGCUUAAGACCUGGCCUGGCCUGGUCAUUCUUGCAAGACACGAUUCACAACCGUUACGGUCACUCCUUGACUCACUACACUAUGACGACCCCUCGGCACGCGAUUUGAUUAUGGAACUAUUGUUCGAUGCUCUGCGGAUCAAACCACCCUCCUGGUCAUCAUCAUUCCUCGCGGGUAGGCGACUCACAACCUACGGCAGAGUCUCCAAUCUGCGCUCUGAUACCGAAUCAUCAAAGCCUAUUUGCACUUUCCACGACAGUAACAGCAACAAAUUCGACCUUACUUCCCAUUUCUCUACACUCAUUCUGGCAGGAUUGGUAGAAGCAGGGAUCGCGAAGGUGUGUAUACUUUUCUCUCGGUUGUUACAGGAACUAACGUCAGCACAGACUCUUUCGGAUGUCAUUGAGGACGAGACCGAUCUUUCGCUCAGACGAAAGGCUACUUUGCUCUUGACGGAAGUCCUGAAGCUUGCCCAUCAUUCUUUGCCCCAGGCUGUUAGCGCCAAACUCCAGGUCCUCCCUCAUCUUAUUCCUCCCGCUAUCGACUUUGAGACCGAGAAUCAUGAUCUCUCAACUGCAACUAUCUUCCAGAUUGACAGUAUCAAUCGCACAUUAGCUCGCUCAGGUGCAUAUCCCAGCGGGCAAAGUCGAUACAACAUGGAAACAGACAUGUCAGUUCCUUUGCUACCCAAUGAACAAGGGAAGGAAAAGUUGAGCCCUGCUAUGGACGAGACGCAAUUUCGGAAUGCCAUCCUGGAGACUCAUGUUCUCAACACCGUCAACUACACCAAAUGGAAAUGGGAUAUCAUCCACCGUCUGGUUGAGGGACCUCUCACCAAUUCCAAACGUAUGGACGAGGCAAUCAAAGGCUCCAAGUUCAUGAAACGUCUCAUUGGGUUCUACCGGCCUUUCAAGUAUCGAUUCGCUAUGGUUUCCAACACGAAAGCGAAUCAGCGAUACGUUCGAACGGGCUGUGUUCUCAUGCGCACCCUAGUCAUGACCCCUGAGGGCACCAAGUAUCUGGCUGAGAACAAGUUCCUCCGCCAAGUCGCGGAAUGUCUGGCUCAGUUGGAUCGCAUGAGUGGGUUGACAUCCGAGUCGCCGCUUUUCUCCCGGGAGCAGAUGGCCAACACAUUGAGUGGAGGCUAUUUCGCCAUGCUUGGCGUAUUGAGUGCCGAUGCCAAUGGGCUGUUCAUGAUGGAGCGGUGGCACAUGCUGAAUAUGUUCUACCACAUCAUUGAGCUGCGAGACCGGAAUGAUCUCAUCCAGACUUUGUUGGGAAACAUGGAUUACAGCCGUGAGAGUCAUCUUCGGGUCAUGCUUUCCAAGGCCCUCACCAUUGGGUCCAAGGAGAUCCGAAUCUUUGCGACGAGACUUCUGCGAAAAUAUGCCGUUGGCGAUGCAUCAUUCUCCCCCAAUGUGGCGAUUGGAAAUGCGGAGUGGGUUGUGAAACUUCUCGUCACUCAAUUAUAUGACCCCGAAGUCACGGUCUGCCAAGUCGCAGUCAAAAUUCUCGAAGAAGCUUGCAACCAGCGGGACUAUCUUGAGUUCGUGGUCAAAUGUCGACCCUCUCUCGACCACUUGGGUGAGAUCGGUGCGCCUUUACUUCUUCGGUUCCUGUCUACCUCCGUGGGCUAUCAUUAUCUAGAUGGUCUGGACUAUAUCACCCAAGAGAUGGAUGACUGGUUCCUUGGCCGUAACGAUAGCUAUGUUGCUCUCGUUGAGGCUGCCCUUUCUCGAGCUUACGUUGAGCAACCACGACGUGGUAGUCUUGCCCCCGAGGAUCUGGUAGACCUACAAGAUAUCGGUCUGGUGCCACCUCAUUUCUACCGAGAGCUUGCACGAACCGCUGAAGGAUGCAAGCUUCUUGAACAAUCAGGUCAUUUCAACGAGUUUGCUUGGACAAUCCGUGAUUUUAGGCUGGAUGAAGAAGAGAAUGAGAUGCUUCUCAAAGCCAAGGGCUGCCUCUGGGCAGUUGGCAACAUCGGAUCGAUGGAACUCGGCGCUCCAUUCCUCGACACCGAUAUCAUCCAGCGAAUCGUGGAUAUAGCUACGAGUGCAGGUGUCCUCACAAUGAGAGGCACAGCAUUCUUUGUUCUCGGCCUCAUCUCUCGGAGUAGACAUGGACUUAAAGUCUUGCAAGGACUGGGCUGGGAUUCCGGCGUGGACCAGAAAGGCGACUCUUUGGGUCUUUGCCUUCCUACCGAUUUCCGAAAAUUGUUUUGGAUCACUUUCCCCGGCUUUGAUUCGAAGUCGAAGCGCACCCCUCAGGAGAAGAUGAAGGAAGCCACCUCAGAUCCUGAUUCUGUCAAUCAACAGAUCCUCAAAUCCAUUGUUGACAUGGGAAACACUGUCCUUGCCAAACGAGCGGCGUCGGAACUCCACAGGUAUGCUCUCUCCUCGACGACCAGCGUUACAGUUUCUGACCAUUCUUGCAGCUUGAAAUCCAAACAACCCGACAAAUUCCGCCAGGUGGAUCUCUUCCGCAAAACCCUAUGCAUCCUAGAGAGUCACCAUUUCCGACUUCCAUCACGUCGCUUUGCCCUGGACUUGUUCGACAAGAGCGUCAUGCGGCGAAUUGUCCUUGAGGAAGACUCCGACUCAGAAUCUGAUUCUUCAGGCAGCUCUCAAUCCGACUAA